ACGCGAUAUUAGCACCUCGACAAGCUCAUCUCGCAUACGAUGGCGACCACCAAAGACGCGUCUGUCGCUGACGAUCCGUCUCGCGACCAAGGAGCACUCGAACGCGCCGUUGGCAUCUCCGUCUACGUGACACCGGACGCGCCAGGAUUCUCGUGCAUCGUGAAGCAGCGGUACACGGAUUUCCUGGUCAACGAAGUGCUCCCGAAUGGCGUGGUGCUGCACCCGAGCGAUCUGGAACCGGAGGACCGUAAGAGGAAGCGAGGGAAUGAUGGUGGAGCAGCGCAGAAAAAGCAGCGGACAGAAGAGAAGGCACAGUUCGCGGCAGCUGUGAAGACGGAGCCUGAGCUCGAGGAGGACAUCGCUGUGACGCUCGAAGCGGAGGCAACACCUGCUGCGGCCGUGACGACGGAAGACAUAUCCGAAAAAGACCUGGCCACUUUAAAAGAUGUGUUCGGAGAAUCCACAACAUCCGCAAUCGUCAACUUGUAUGCUUCAGUCGUGGCCCAGCCUGAACGUAAGCCCCGCGACCUUCCCACCAUUGAGUCGGAGCCCAUUGCAGAGAAAUCCAAACGCACCGAAGCCCAUAUCUGUGUCCGCAAUAUCUUCAAGUCCAAGCUCUCAACUCUUACUGUGCAGGAUCAGGACCGCCAAUCUGGUCCAGGUACCAUAAUCGCCAUCAAAGCCGCUCCACCAUCUAUUGCCUCCGAUCCCAAUGGCGACGCUCGUCAUACUGGACAGCAGCGUGGAAAGCAGGGUUGGGCAGAUCUCGGUGGAGAGUACCUCCACUUCACUCUGUACAAGGAGAACAAGGACACCAUGGAGGUGCUGUACUUCCUCGCAUCUCAGAUGAAGCUCCAUGUGAAGAACUUCAGCUUCGCUGGUACGAAGGAUCGUAGAGGUGUCACCGUCCAGCGUGUCGCCGUACAUAAAGUCAAGCGUGAUAGGAUCGAAUCGCUGAAUCGAUUCGCGAGAGGUUGGCGUUUGACAGGUCCUUGGGAGUACAAGAAGACCUCCCUUGAGCUCGGGGAAUUGAGUGGCAAUCAGUUCUUGCUCACCCUCCGUGACGCCCGGUUCGACGGAGAGGAGGCAGAUUGGACCAUCCAGCAGAGACUGCAGCACGCAAAGUCAGUAGCCAACACUGCUGCAGAGAGACUGAGUACUCAAGGGUUCCUGAAUUACUACGGUCUCCAGAGAUUCGGAACGCAUUCCACCGGAACUCAUGCCAUUGGUGAGAAGAUUCUGAGCGGCGACCUCAAAGGUGCUGUUGACUCGCUGCUUUCGUACGAAGACGCUCUUCUUGAGGAGAAUCAAGCCGCGGAGUCUGGUGCAGUUGCGGAUGGCGAUGGUGGCCGUGGACAGAAGAAAGUCCCGUACGACGACAUUGCGCGAGCGACCGGCAUUCGUGACUGGCGUAAGACUGGCAACGUGCGUGAUGCUCUCGGUCGCAUCCCUGGGAGAUUCUCUGCAGAGAGGGGAAUCAUCACCCAUCUUGGCAAGCGUGACCACAAGACUGGCGCGCGGCCAGCCGCCGAGGACUGGCAGGGUGCUCUGAUGCAGAUUCAACGAAACCUUCGGCUCAUGUACGUGCACGCAUACCAGAGCUACGUCUGGAACACUGUUGUCGGCAAACGUUGGGAGAUCUUCGGCAAUACGGUGGUUGAAGGUGACCUUGUUGUGGUCGGCGAGAAGGAACAGCAGGAGGGCAUCGUGAGGUCCGUGCCCGCAGAUGAAGUGGAUGAGCACGGUGAACCGAUCAUCCAUCCCUCAGCCUCUGCCGGUGGCGAAACUGGUGCCGGUGUACCCACUUCUGGAGCCGCAGACGAUCCGUUCGUUCGCGCCCGUCCAUUGAGCAGGGACGAGGUCGAGAGCGGCCGAUUCACGAUCUUCGAUCUCGUCCUGCCUCUGCCCGGGUUUGACGUGAUCUAUCCGAAGAACGAGAUCGGACAGUUUUACGUGGACUUCAUGGCGUCGGAGCAGGGAGGUGGACUGGAUCCGCACAAGAUGUACCGUGCGUGGAAGGACAUCUCGCUGUCGGGCGGCUAUCGCAAGAUGAUGACACGGCCUUUGGGUCGGGUCGAAGCUGAGCUACGAAUCUACAGCCGACCCGACGAGCAAUUAGUGCAAACCGACAUGGAAAAGCUUGAGGGCGCGAAGGUUUCGCAUGUGAAGACCGAGACUGAUGACAAUGCGACCGGCGACAAACUUGCUGUGCUUCUGAAGCUGCAACUCGGCAGCAGUCAGUAUGCGACGAUGGCGAUUCGAGAGUUGAGCAAGGGCGGUGCAUCCAGUUUCACACCCGACUUUGCGUCCAUCAACAAAUGA